AUGGUGGCGGAGAUCAAGCAGGACAAAGCUGACGCGGCCGAAGAGGCCAAGCGAACCGCAAAGGAGCGGCGUCAGCGCGAGGAGGUCCAUGAGAUCGAGAUUCGAGACUCCUUGCUGGUGCCAGAUCCGUCUCCUGCUAGAUCUCGCAAGAAGAAAAAGAAGGAAGACGUCAACGUAUUCCAGGACUUCGGAAAGGAGCAUGACGACGCUCCCAUCCAAGAGACCAAAGUCAAUGGAAUGGUCUUCUACAAGGUGAACUACAAGCGCUACUGGCAGUCAGAGCAUGACUUGCAGCGCUGGACGGAGGGACUGCACCACAACAUCCGCUACGAGAAUCUCCUCUACGAGGUGCGGGACCGCUGGCAUGAGGAUUUGCUGGGCGACCGCCUUCAGCUGAAGAUCAAUCACAAUCCACUGGCCAGGCAGGUCGCGCAGCCAGCGGUAUCGGCCCAGCACGGUGUCCACAUCCCUUCAGCUCAAGGCACCUUUGAAGCGCGCAGACCGCAUCCUGACCGCGUCGCCUUUUUCCCGAUUUUCGGGGACAUUCGGCGGAUGCCGUUCUUCUUGGGCUUGGCAGCUGCAAUCCCGAAGCUCGCGUACUUCACGGCCUCCGAUGCGCUAGGACUUGCCGCGCGGUGCCUGGUGCCACUGGCACAAGGAGCACCAGGCCCGACCAUCAAUGCGCUGACCUCUGGCGGCAUCUUCUACGGCCUAAUGGGAACAUUGACAACCCUGCUUACAGGAGUCAGCCUGGGAGCUUGUCUCGGCAAAAACGCGCUGUCAGUGGCCAGACUGGCAGCUGCUGCCUACCUCUUCGAUGCAGCGGGACAACUCGUGAAGAUUGUUGACCCCUCGUCAUGCACAUACCCUGGAAGCAGAACAGGUUUGCUGACCCUCUUUGUUCAGCUGCCGCUGGCAGCCUGGAUACUUCUUCCAGACGCUUGCCAGGAGCUGGGCCACCGGUUCGGGGAGCGGCUGCCGCUGCUGGCUGGCGCCUUGUCCUUGCGCUACAUGGCGCUGCAGGCAGUGGACCCGCAGUCUUCGGCAGCCACGCUGCUGUGGGGCGGGGCGGCGCUCUUCGGGUUGUUCGCCGUCACGCCUCGAUCUGUUUGGAAGAUGCUCCGUGAUCUCUGCGAAAGGAUCGGCAAGGUGCUGAAAUAUGCCUGCAGCUCCAUCUAUGCCGUGGUCACCUACGUCCUUCCAAAGAUCAUCGCGGCGGUGACAGCAGUCCUUCAGCAUCCGUUUACACUACGCUUCUAUCGCGUCAUUGUGGUGCCGCUUUGGACACUCAUCAGCCCGCUCUUCCUGCCAGCAGCCACCUUUGCCAUUGGUGUCUCCUGCUUGCGAAGCCUGGCGGCUCGCGAGGCCGCGGGCCUUGAUGCAGCUCAGGUGGCUUUGCUCUUGGGCCAAGCCUUCAGUGGCUCCGCCGCCAUGCUCUCGGGCUUCAUCCUGUCGCUGAACCUGUGGUCCCGCUGUGGCCGGAGGCGCCAGCCAGAUCCACUUCGAUGGGCUCCGGCGAGGUAUAUGUUGAUGGUAUGUGCCUCCAUCACAGCCGGUCCAGUCGGACUCCUGCGCAGAGUCCUAUCCAGCAUCCGCCGGAACAUCCUCAUGCCAUUGACAGAGGUCUUCUUCUACAUCAUGGACUCCCUGUUUCGUUUCGCCGUGAAGGCCCCGGUGAUCUCAAUCCCUCUGGUGCUGCUCUUUAACGUCAUGAGCGUCCGAAGAUUUAUUUCAACCUCCAGCACCGUUUUGGAGAGUGUGGGAUACGUCCUUAGCCAAACGCGGCUCAUUGGAAGUCUGCUGGAAGCCGCGGCGAAGAUGCCCGAAGGUGUCGCCACAGACUCGACGCUGGCUGUCCUCCUCAUCUCUCUGGUGCAGGUGGGCGCCUAUUCCAUGGUGGACGGGGUCCUCGCAGUGCUCAGGGUGAACCGAGGCGCUAGCCAUGCCCUGAGCAUCGAAGAGCUCAACAACGCCGCAGCCCUCAUGGACAACCCUCGCCAGUGCGGGCGCUGCGGCCUGGGACCGAUAGACCACCGAGGCUGCUCUAACCUCCGGUCCCACCACGGUGAGCAAGAUGGUGGCGGUGUGGUCUCCAAUGCCUGCCCCCGCUGCGGCUGGUUUGCCCGAACUUUGUCCCAGUGGCCAGUCUGGGACGGCGAGCUGCAGACGGAGCAGGGACGUGCGAUGUACCGACAGCGCACCUGGUGUGAGAUAGUCCUGUGCAUCAGCGCUUCAUCCAAAGCGCUUGUGGUGCCUUACUCCAUGCUGCUGCUAGGCAAUCGCUUGCAGCUGCCAUCUACCUUGUCAGCGCUGCUGGCCUUUUCCUACCUCAUUCCCUGGGCCGUUGAGAAUACGAAACUGUUCCUCGCUUUGUCCACUACAUCCUCACAUCGCAUGGCGAGAGAGCCGAUACGGCAGCGGGAGCAGAGAGAUGAUGCGGACUGUGGCGCAAGAUUGACCGAGCCGCAGUUGCCGGACAUUACUCAAUCGGAGGCGCUGCGGAACAUCCUCGCGGCAGAGCCCACGGCAAUCUUUCUCAAUGAGGGGGACAUUUGCAGCGUUUGCUUGGACAACUUCCCCUGCGCAGCUGCGGCAUUGGUGAGCAGCCAAGCCGAGGCUGAGAGCAUCAGCCAGAUCUGUCGGGCACUGCGGGAACAGACGCCGCCCAUUGUGGCACUCCGCUGCGGGCAUGCGCUGCAUGUAGAGUGUGAAGCAGAGGCUGCGGUUGGCGCCGCCGGCGCGCGGCACGUGCGGUGCCCGCUUUGCCGGCAGCCGGUGACGCUGGCGGGCGCUGCCAGCGCCAACAUGUUCAGCUAG